CGAACAUCCAUAACAGUUUGGAAGCCAUAUUUCGAACCUUGUGUCGCCUCUAAACUAGAGUACUAGUCAAUUUACUGAUUGUUUGGGCCCUUGUCGGCAUUUUAAAGACCAUGGCGACAGUUAGGCGAAACCUCACCCAUUCUCAACAGCAGAAAGUGCUGGCCUCAAAUCGAGAAAGAGAAAAUCUGCGAGAAGACACAAUAAAACGUCUUGGCGAAGAGAAAUUGUUGGAAGCUAAUAUGGCUUCUGCAGAAAGGGUUGAGAAUAAAAGAUUUAUUCGUCGUAUGCAGCAAGAACAGCAAGAGAGAGAAAUGGAAGAAUCAAUAAUAAGAUCAGAAGAAAUUAGAAGGCAGCGUGAAUUAGAACAAGAACAGGAAGAAAGACUUGCCCGGGAAAUGGAGAGACUUAAACUUGAUAAUCUAAGAGAUGAAAAAAUGAGACAACAGAUUAGAGAAAACAGUGUUGAGUUACGUGAAUUGGAGGCUAAACUGAAAGCCGGUUACAUGGCAAAGGAAAGAGCAGCACAGAUAGCUGAGAAAGAAGCAAUGAAAUAUGAAAAAACGUCACGUGAUUCAGAGAUUGCACGUAUGAUGAAAGAAGAAUCUGAACGGGCCGAAGAAGAAAGAAGGAAAAAAGAGACUGAAAGAUGGCAGGAAAGUGUUCGAUAUCAACAAGAGUUGGAAAUACAGUUGGAGGAACAGGAAAUGAAAAAACAGCAGGCUUAUGAGGAAUUUUUGAAGGAAAAACUUAUGAUAGAUGAGAUUGUCAGAAAGAUAUACGAGGAAGAUGAAAGAGAACGUCAGAGAGAAAGGGAGAAGAGGAUGGCAACCCAGAGAUACAUUGAAGAAUUCAAAGGUGCAAGACAGGAAUGGAAAAUACAAGAAAGAGAACGUUUGGAAGCAGAGAACAGGAAAAUUCUGGAAUUUGCUAUGUUGCAGCAAAAAAGAGAAGAAGAGCGUAUGGAAUCUAAAAGAGCAAAAGAAGAAGCAAUGUCACAUGUACAGGAAUUGCUUACUAAAAAGAUCGCUGGUGAAGCUGAAAUGCGUGAGGAGAUGGAACGCAUACGUAAUGAACUUUACAUUGAGGAACAAGAAGAAGCUGAUAGACAGCGAGAAAAGGAAGAGAUUGAAAGGCGUAUUAAACAGAGACUAGAUUUACAGAGAACACACCAGGAACAACUUGCAUUGAAAGCAAUGCGUAGAGAAGCAGAGCUUGCUGAAGAUGAGGAAUUCAGGAAACAGAUGUUGGCUAAAUUUGCCGAAGAUGAUCGUAUUGAACAAAUGAAUGCCCAGAGACGACGUAUGAAACAACAAGAACACAAACGUGCAGUGGAGCAAUUGUUGGAACAAAGACGUGCUCAGUUUGCGGCUGAUAAGUCUAGAGAACUUGGCGAACGACGUGAGGAAGAACAACUUGAAAUGCUACGUAAUCAAGUCAUUGAAGAAGAAAGACAGAAACUCCUCAGAGAACAUGCAACUAGGCUACUUGGUUACUUACCAAAGGGCGUCAUUCGUGAUGAGAAAGACCUUGAACUUUUUGAUGAUAAUUUUAAGAAGGCCUAUGCAGAAAGACAAAAGGAGCUGUAUGAUGACUAUUGAGACAAAUAUGUGUGUAAAUAGGACUAAUUUAAAACAAAAAAGUUUCAAAAAACACCUUUAUGAAAUUUUCAGAAUUAUUCUCUGAGAAUGUUUUAUCAAUUUUCAACUUGCCCCGUGGAAUGAAUGGGGAAGAUGCUGAGUGGAUUUGUCUGCAGCAAAAAUUUUUGUGUGCAGGUCAAUUUAGACAUGUACAUCUGAUUAUGUAAAUAUUUGAUUUGUAAUAAACUAUUAAAUAUAAAAUUGUGAUCAAUCAUGUUAACAGGGAUAGUAUUCCAACACUGCCCAUGUGCCUUGUGUUUCACAAUGCUUAAAUUGUUUUGUACGCUGUAUUAUCUUUUAUUUAUACACUUGUAGUGAAAUAUUUCAAAAUAUCCCAGGGUGCAAUGUUGUUAUGGUCAUUCAUGAGUUUUGCACUAAUACUAAGUAUGCAUCAGCAACAUGUUAGUUAGAAUCAAAAACUUGAUAAUGGUUCUUAAAAUUGGUCAUGGUAUUGAGGAAAUAAUCAGUUUUGUUUAGCACGAGGUACAUGCAUAACGUUAGUUGUAACAAUUUCAUUAGCAUGUUUGUUUUAUCCGCCAGUGCAACGUGGUGUUGUCUACCGAUCAUCUAUUACUAAACUAGAACAUAAACAGUACUGACCUGUUUUCUGAAAGUAAUUGACCCCACUGCAGUGUUGCAUCCAAUCAAUGUUCAACACCGGGAGUUUCACUUCAAUGCUGACAUAAACAAUACUUGCGUCUUUUUAUUCCCAACUAUUCAGUGAAUCACAAACUAUGAAUGAGGUCUUGAGAAAUAGUAAAUACAGUAACACCUGAAUCUGCAAUACCUUCCCUGAAUUCAAGACUAGCACUAAACCAACAAAAGGCAUUUCCGAAGCAUAAGACCUUCAUUGAAAUGGUGCAGUGCUGUGUUUACAUGAUUCAUAGUCUGUGUUUGCAGCAGUAUUUACAAUUUAACUUUCCAAGGAUGCAAUUUGUGUAUACAGUUUUGUUGUUUAUAUUAGAUUUAUACUUGCUGUUUGUAAUGUAUGAAAAAAAAUUAAAAAAAUGUUGAUACUUAAA